UAUAUCACAGUAGUAGUAUUUGAAGAAGAUGUCAUUUUGAAUGAACCAGUAGAAAACUGGCCUUUAUGUGAUUGUCUUAUUUCUUUCCAUUCUAAAGGUAUUAAAGAAUGGGGUGGGAACUACUUUUAUCCUCUUAUAAUAAAACCAAUACAUACUAAUUGUAGAUUAUUAGAUAAAAUAGAAAAAUAAAAUUAAACUUACCCACUCUCACAGAUCAGUGUUGCUAACAUUUUGAUAUAUUUCUUUUCAGCCAUUUUUCCUCUGUAUAUUUUUUAAAAACAAAUUUACUAUUACAGUGUAUAUGUAAUUUUAUAUUUAAUUUUCCAUUAACUAUAUCGAGGUUUAUUUUCCUUUCAUUACAUUCUUCAGAGACCUGAUUUUUAAUGACAGCUUGUCAUCAUGAGGAUAUACUAUAACAUAUUCAGCCAGUAUCUUAACAAUUAGUCUCCGGUUUUCACUAUUAAAAAUAGUGAAAAAUAGGUUGAUGAAUUCUUUGAAAGUAUAUCUUUGUUACUCUAAGUUAUUUAGAAUGAAUUCUUGAAUUAAUGAAUAUUUUAAGGUCUAUGCUUUUGUCAUAUAGAAAAUGAUGUUUCCUCAUAUACAUUUUUAUAUUUUAUUUCUGAGGCGCUUAAUAUUUGAAUUUUAGACUUUACUCGGUUUCUUUUAUAAACCAAAGUGAAAUAUAAUUAAACUUCAGUAUUACUUGAUGGUAAAAUAUGCCUUCAUAGUAAAACCCACUAAUCAAAAUUAUUAGUGAACAUCUGAAAUUUUUAUUACCCAGUUAUCUGUGAAUUAAAUGUAUUUCUUGCUAAGAACUAUAAUUUAAAAGAUAUGUACUCAGUUAUAAAUGAAUUCACAUUAAAGCAAACUUGUUACCAAAAUAUGUAAUCUCUAGCUGUGUUAAAGUUUCACUUUACUUAGGUAUUCAAGAAACGUCUUCAGCCAGAAAGGGGUGGAGCAUGUUUGAGACUUCUUGUGCUCCUAUAGCCUAUAGAGAAGCCAAGGCCCUGGUCUUCUUUAUAAACUGAAGUCCUUUAUUUCAGAGAAUAUGAAAAUUAGCUUAUCUUUGAGGGUAAGGUUUCUUCCCUUACUACUACAUGGUUCUUCCUACAGAGCUAUUUAUUUGCUUGUAAAAACUAGGUGCUCUCCAAGGUGAUAUCCCAUAUGCUGUCUCUUGGUAAGGGAAAUGUCCUCUUUAACCACAACAACAACAAAAGCAGGGAACUGAAUAAGGGUUCCUAUAUGCUGAGUUCUGUUAGGAAACAUGAAAUCAUAGACCUUGAGAUACCUUUAUGACAAGUGAUGAAUUCUUCUGAGAGUCUUUACAAAAGUAGAAGGGUUUGUAAUUUGUGGCCAAGUGAUUCUAGGUAUAGAGUACUUUCAUUACAUUUUAAAAACUAAAAGGAAUUUAGGAAUAAGUCUUUUUUAACUGACUAUGGUUUUUUGUUUAGUUUUUUUUAACUUCAGUAUGCCUUAGUACUUAACUUCUCCAACCGUUCCGAUAAUGCUACAAAACACAGCGUCUUCACAGGAUUUCCACUGGACAAAGCAGUUGCCUAUGCAAAACUCAGGAAUCCAUUUGUAAUCAAUGACUUGAAUAUGCAGUAUCUCAUACAAGAUAGGAGAGAAGUAUACAGUAUUCUUCAGGCUGAAGGUAUUUUACUUCCACGUUACGCAAUUUUGAACCGUGACCCAAAUAAUCCCAAAGAGUGCAAUCUGAUUGAAGGUGAAGAUCAUGUAGAAGUAAAUGGUGAAGUUUUUCAAAAGCCAUUUGUAGAAAAGCCAGUCAGUGCAGAGGAUCAUAAUGUUUACAUUUACUACCCAACAUCUGCUGGUGGUGGGAGUCAAAGACUUUUUCGGAAGAUUGGCAGUAGAAGUAGUGUUUAUUCCCCAGAAAGCAAUGUACGAAAAACAGGCUCAUAUAUAUAUGAAGAGUUUAUGCCCACAGAUGGUACUGACGUAAAGGUUUAUACAGUGGGUCCAGAUUAUGCUCAUGCUGAGGCUCGAAAAUCUCCAGCCCUCGAUGGCAAGGUGGAACGAGAUAGUGAGGGAAAAGAAGUUAGAUACCCUGUUAUUCUGAAUGCACGCGAGAAAUUAAUUGCUUGGAAAGUCUGCCUUGCUUUUAAGCAAACAGUUUGUGGUUUUGAUUUGUUACGGGCCAACGGACAGUCCUAUGUCUGUGAUGUCAAUGGCUUCAGUUUUGUGAAAAAUUCCAUGAAGUAUUAUGAUGAUUGUGCAAAAAUACUUGGCAAUAUUGUAAUGCGAGAGCUUGCUCCACAAUUUCAUAUCCCCUGGUCAAUACCCUUAGAAGCUGAAGAUAUCCCAAUUGUACCAACUACAUCUGGAACUAUGAUGGAACUCAGAUGUGUCAUAGCUGUAAUACGUCAUGGGGAUCGAACACCAAAACAAAAAAUGAAAAUGGAAGUGAGGCAUCAAAAAUUUUUCGAUCUUUUUGAAAAGUGUGAUGGAUAUAAAUCUGGGAAAUUAAAACUCAAAAAGCCAAAACAAUUACAGGCAAUGCUGGACAUUGCCCGACAACUUCUUAUGGAGCUGGGGCAAAAUAAUGAUUCUGAAAUUGAAGAAAACAAGUCAAAACUUGAACAACUUAAGACCGUAUUAGAAAUGUAUGGCCAUUUUUCUGGAAUAAAUCGUAAAGUCCAACUAACUUAUCUCCCUCAUGGUUGUCCUAAAACAUCUAGUGAAGAGGAAGACAGCCGAAGAGAAGAACCAUCCUUACUUUUGGUUCUAAAAUGGGGAGGAGAACUAACUCCUGCAGGCAGGGUCCAGGCUGAAGAACUUGGAAGAGCUUUCAGGUGUAUGUAUCCUGGAGGUCAAGGAGAUUAUGCAGGAUUUCCUGGUUGUGGUUUACUUAGAUUACAUAGUACCUACCGACAUGACCUCAAAAUAUAUGCCUCUGAUGAAGGACGAGUCCAGAUGACUGCAGCUGCUUUUGCAAAGGGGCUCUUAGCUCUAGAAGGAGAGCUUACACCCAUUCUUGUUCAGAUGGUAAAAAGUGCGAAUAUGAAUGGUCUUUUGGAUAGUGAUAGUGACUCUUUGAGCAGUUGCCAGCAACGUGUGAAAGCAAGACUUCAUGAAAUACUUCAGAAAGAUAGAGAUUUUACGGCUGAAGAUUAUGAAAAGCUUACUCCAUCUGGGAGCAUUUCUCUUAUCAAAUCAAUGCAUUUAAUUAAAAAUCCUGUGAAGACCUGUGACAAAGUUUAUUCCUUGAUACAAAGUUUGACUUCUCAGAUCAGACAUCGAAUGGAAGAUCCCAAAUCAUCAGAUAUUCAACUUUACCAUAGUGAAACAUUAGAGCUUAUGCUACGUAGAUGGUCCAAGUUGGAAAAAGACUUUAAAACAAAGAAUGGAAGAUACGACAUUAGUAAAAUCCCUGACAUAUAUGACUGUAUAAAAUAUGAUGUUCAGCAUAAUGGUUCCUUGAAAUUAGAAAAUACAAUGGAAUUAUACAGGCUUUCAAAGGCAUUAGCAGAUAUUGUUAUCCCUCAGGAAUAUGGUAUAACUAAAGCUGAAAAACUGGAGAUUGCCAAAGGCUACUGUACUCCUCUAGUUAGAAAAAUUCGCUCAGACCUUCAGAGGACACAAGAUGAUGACACUGUAAAUAAACUCCACCCUGUGUAUUCCAGAGGUGUUCUGUCUCCUGAACGUCAUGUCCGUACCAGGUUAUAUUUUACCAGUGAAAGUCAUGUACAUUCUUUACUAUCUAUUCUUCGCUAUGGUGCCUUAUGCAAUGAAUCGAAGGAUGAACAGUGGAAACGGGCUAUGGAUUACUUAAAUGUUGUCAAUGAACUCAAUUAUAUGACUCAGAUUGUUAUCAUGCUUUAUGAGGAUCCUAACAAGGAUCUUUCCUCAGAGGAACGCUUUCAUGUUGAAUUACAUUUUAGUCCUGGAGCUAAAGGAUGCGAAGAAGACAAAAAUUUACCAUCAGGCUAUGGAUAUAGACCAGCUUCAAGAGAGAAUGAAGGCAGGAGAUCUUUUAAAAUUGAUAAUGAUGAGGAACCACAUACUUCUAAAAAAGAUGAGGUUGAUCGUGCUGUGAUACUGUUCAAACCAAUGGUAUCAGAGCCAAUUCAUAUACACAGGAAGUCUCCACUUCCAAGAUCUAGGAAGAUGGCUACAAAUGAAGAAGAGAGCCCCCUGAGUGUGUCUAGCCCAGAGGGUACUGGUACCUGGCUGCAUUAUACCAGUGGUGUGGGUACUGGGCGUCGAAGACGCAGAUCAGGGGAACAAAUCACUUCUUCCCCUGUCUCCCCCAAAUCAUUGGCUUUCACAUCCAGUAUUUUUGGCUCAUGGCAACAGGUUGUAUCUGAAAACGCUAAUUAUCUGCGAACACCAAGAACUCUUGUGGAACAGAAGCAGAACCCUACUGUAGGGUCUCACUGUGCGGGCCUGUUUAGCACCUCGGUGCUCGGGGGUUCUUCAAGCGCACCUAACCUACAGGAUUAUGCUCGUACUCAUCGUAAAAAGCUGACUUCUUCUGGCUGCAUAGAUGACGCCACACGCGGUUCUGCUGUUAAAAGGUUUUCUAUCUCAUUUGCUCGACACCCAACCAAUGGCUUUGAAUUGUAUUCCAUGGUGCCAUCUAUUUGUCCUCUAGAAACUCUUCACAAUGCCCUGUCUUUAAAGCAGGUGGAUGAAUUUCUUGCUUCCAUUGCUUCUCCAUCAAGUGAAGUUCCACGGAAGACCCCUGAAAUUUCCUCUUCAGCUUCACGUUCCAGUCCAGUAAUGAGAAGAAAAAUAUCUUUAAAUACGUAUACACCUGCAAAAAUCCUCCCAACACCACCAGCUACCUUAAAGAAUACGAAAGCAAGCAGCAAGCCAGCUACCAGCGGACCUUCUAAUGCCGUUGUUCCUAAUACCUCAUCUCGAAAAAAGACUAUAGCUAGCAAAACAGAAAUGCAUGAACACAAAAAAACCACUGGGAAAAAGAAAUGAAAUCUUAGCGGAAGCUGGAGCUCCAUAUAUUUAUAAAAAUCACGUUGUUCGAUAGAAAAAGACACGUAAUAAACCUUGACUGAAAACUGUCAAAGCAAGUAAUUGAUGUUUCUCCUUAUACACCUCUGUAUUCAUUUCAAAAUAUGUUAAAUCUAGAGAAUUCUUUGUAUAUAUUCAGGUAAGGACCUUUUCUCUUGAUCUUGAAAUGUUUAAAACAAUGUUUAUUAACAUUUUAGCAAAACUUACGGUGAUGAAGGUCUGUCAUUCUUAAUAUUAUGUUUGCUAUGUUCCCUCUGUAAAGAAAACGACAGGAGACCUCAGCCUGCCUGUCCCAGUGUCUCACCAGUAAUGCUGUUUACUCAAGAAUCUGUGAGGUGACCUCUGUACAUACUUUCAUUUUCAUGGGAUUGUAUGUCAGCUAUAAAAACCUGUAGCUUGAGUUGGAAUUUGACAGCCAGGAUUACAUAUUACAGAUUUUUAAAGUGUAUUUCCAAAGAGAUUUCACUGACCAUUUGGAUUAGAAACUUUUUUCCUCCAAUUGUUAGAAUUACAUAUAUGCUGCAAUAUUUAAUAACUGGAGUACUAGCAUAUGGGUUAUUUUUCCAAUAUGUGCUUUGAGGUUUUUUUUUUUAUUGUGUAUUAUUUAAAAUAUUACAUAUACAGCUGGGGUGACUACACCUUUAUGUGCAUAAAUUUCUAUAUUAAUUUGUAGAAAAUACUUGCUUUAUAUAUUUCCUUAUCAUAAGGUGCUUUUGCUCAUCAGGAAAAUACUGCUUUAUGUAUCGGGAAGAAAGACAUCUUUAGAAUUUCUUUUUAAGAGACAUAGUUGAUAAGUUUAUAAAUGUUACACUUAUUUUCAGAGUUCUUUUUAGAUCUAAGGAAACCAGUUCAAAAAUGGAUAUCAGCAGUGUGAGGAGAAUGUCUCAAUUCUGUAGUUAGGAGAUAUUAUGCAUAACACCUCUUUUUAGCAUUUCCAUUCUUAUCUCUAGUGUAUCAGUUGAUCUCACUAAGAAAGCUUAAAGAUUGAACAUUGGAUAUAAAUGCUCUUUUCAAACUAUUAGAUUUUGAAAGGAAAUUGAGAUCAUUGUUUUGUGAUUUCAUAUGUGAUGUGAAAAAAUAUUUACUGUAUUGGUGCUUUUUUAUCCCCUAGUGCACAAAUAAUUAUAAGCCACUUGAAUGACUUAAACUGUAAACCAAACAAUACAACCUGGUAAGAAUUCCAUGCAUUGCCAGUCAGGUAACUUAAGUUGCUAAAGCUUUACUUUGAAGCUUAUAUUUAGGAUAUUAUUGAAUUCUCAUACGAACACAACUAUUAAAACUCUUCAGGAGGCUCUCCUAACUUUAAAUCAUCACCUAUGAAUUGACAUUUAGAAAAUAAACAUAUUAAGUGUUAGUUUUAAAAGGUACCAGAUGCAAAAGUCACAAAUAUAUACAAUUAUAUAAGUUCAUAUACUUCACGUGAAUGUACUUGUAUUAUAUGGAGACAUGUCUUGUAAACAGUUGAAUGUACCUAAACUUUCUGUAUGUGAAAAUGUUAAUGUGCUCAGUGUGGGAGUAAGAAGCUACUUUUAUUUUUUAAGUGGAACUUAAUUAAAAUAUUUUAUUUCCAGAA